GUGAUUUAAGAAAUAUACUACUCAGAUACAAACACUCUCUGCACUCACUCACUUCCUGUGAUCUCGUCUUCUUAAAGCGCCGCGUGCCGUCGUCACCCUCAUCUCGGACCACUUACAACCGCCUGCAACACCAGAACAGCAACGACAACAAAAGAUGAAGUUCCUCAGCACCACAGCAACAGCUUUCCUCUUGAGCAUCACGGCCAGCAGUGCCGGCGUCCUCGCCCAGCCUGUCGUCCCUAACGACAACAGCAACAAGAACAAUGGCAACCUUCUCUCCACACGCCAGGACACAUCCGUCCCGCUGCGGAUAAUGCCCCUGGGCGCCUCGAUCACGUGGGGCACCGAGUCCGAGGACGGCAACGGGUACCGCAAGGUCCUGUACGACAGUCUCGAGGAGCUGGGGUUCUCCGUGGACAUGGUGGGCAGCCAGCAGAGCGGUGAUAUGGAAGACAAGGACAACGAAGGCCACCCAGGCUGGCGCAUCGCCGAGGUCAGCGGCGCCGCCGACGCCACGAUCCCGGAGCAGCCCAACGUGGUGCUAAUCAACGCCGGCACGAACGACUGCAUUCAGGACUACGACGUCGCGACCGCGCACGAGCGGAUGCGGGACCUCGUGGACAAGCUGCUCGCCGAGAUCCCGGGCACCACGGUGGUGCUGUCGACCCUGCUGCCCAACGCGGACGACGUGGUCGACGGCCGGGUCGCGGGCGUCAACGACAAGUUCCGGGCGCUGGUCGAGAGCAUGGGCGCCGAGGACGGGAAGAGGGUCGUCCUGGCGGAGAUGAAUGAUGGGUACAUCACCCGCGACGACCUCGUGGAGGACGGGAUCCAUCCUAACCGGAAUGGAUACAUCAAGAUGGCAAUGAUUUGGUUCGAGGCCAUCGUCAACGCCUCCAAGGACGGCGUGCUCCAGACGCCCAACGAGGCGGUAUGAUCGUCUUCUGGCGGUUGUUGUUUCGGCAUUGCAUCUGAAGUGGGAGUGGUUGUCUUUAUGCUGUAUAUACUCUGGCGAUUGGGAAGCAGAACGGAGCUCGUUCUGCUCUAGUACAUAAGCGAUUUGUUCUGCUGAAUAUUACUUCAUUCACGGUCGCGAGCACCAGCGGUGUGUUCCACACAGCUUUUCCUUGGGUUGUAUUGUACGAAAGCACGGAAAGGGUUCAUCGUCAGCUUAACACAGUGAACAUCCGCAGCGAACAAGACUAGCUCAGCACCAA